UAUUGAAGUUGGUGGGACUGUAAAGGCUGCGUUACACUAGCUCUUGAUUUGAUUUUGAUUUUGAUUACAGCUUGAUUCCACGCUGAUGGUAAGUUCAGUGUGACACUAAUUUACGUAAUUCAGGAAUAUCGCGAAAUCGCCAAAUAUGUUUUGACAAGUUCACCAGACUGGUUCCAGUCAAACGUAGUGGCCGUUACAAAUUGGCAAGCUAAUAACAAUGGAGGACGUGCUCUUGUUGCAUUUUCCUCUCGUUCAUAUAUACACGUUCUCAUCAUUAAACAAGAAAUGAACUGGGAAAAUCAACAGGAAUAUUCGUGGGGUUGUGUGGGCCAGAUAAUUGCCCACCAAGACAAAAUAUCUGCAGUAACCUUUGAUGAGUGUGCUUGUUUGCGUGUGGUUUCUUGUGGCUUUGAUGGUUUAGUUCGACGUUGGAAGUAUUUCAGUCAAGAAUGGAUGCUGGAGACUGAGUUUAAUAUACAGGAAGUGCGGGGAAAUAUCAACCCAACAGCUGUCAGCUGUUUCUCCUGCUCUGCAAAUGAGUCAUACAACUUCGUGGGCACAGAUAGAGGGUGGCUUUUUGUAUGGGUUGUUGACUGUGAGACGAACAAAUCUUACUAUGUAUCUAAAAAAUUCGAAAACGAUUCUGUUGUGAUGUGCGCAUGGGAGAAAUGUGCAAUAGUUCAAUCGAUUUCGCGAGUUGCUGUCGGUUACAAGAAAGGAAUUGUGUGUGUUUAUUCAUUUAUACCGUCGGAUAUUUCUUCAACUCCAAGCAUCGUACAGUUGACCCGCUUCUAUGCUCAUGAGGCGGAUAUCUGUCAUAUUGUAUGGCGCUCAAGUGCUUCUGCGUCAUCGUCAGAUCCUGAGAUUCUUACAUGCGGACGUGAUCAGAUGGUUAAGGUAUGGAAUGUCACCACUUCAGAAUGCACUUCAUCUUUCCAAGUUCCCGGUCAAUUACGUCAACAAUUUGGAAAUGCUGGACGACAUAACGAGAAAAGUGAACAAAAUGGAGCUCCAUGGAUAUCUGCUUGCUACACACCAGGAAGUGAUUCGUCAGUGAAUGUUUUAUUCUCAAGUGUACGAGGUGGACUAUUUCACUGGGAUUGCAAAGGAACACCUAGCUGUAUGUCGCUUGACAGUCAGGGACAUUCUAUGCUAAUUUUCUCAAUGCACUACUUUCUUAAUUCACCAGGACUGGUAAUCACUUUGAGUCAAGAUAGAUUUUUGAUUGUUUGGCAAUUGGUGGAAGGAUCUAAGCUGUCAGUGAUUCUUAAAGUACCUACAAUGUCUGCAGGUGUUUGCUCUUUAGCUCAAUCUGAAUUUAGCAAUGGUCCCUUAGUUGCAGGUCUUUCAGACGGUUCCAUGAUAUUUUGGAAGUUUCCUGCACCAGAAUUGUUUGGCGAAAGAAAUUCUUCUGAUAAUCAAAAGAAAGAGAAGUUUGUUUCAAUAUCACCUCGAGGAUGCAAAUCAUCUUCGGUAACCACGCUGUCUUGUCAUCCUUUACCGCAGUUUGAAAAUGUUAUUGCUUAUGGCACUGAAUCAGGUUGUGUGGAGAUUGUAGAUAUUAAUAAGCUACGAAGAAUGAAAUCACAAAAGCCUAAACCGCAGCUGUAUGCAUUUGGUUCAACUGUAUAUCGAGUUACCUGGGGGCCUUUACUAUUUUCUGAUAUAUAUCGUAGAAAGGCAAAUAAAAGUGAAGAGAGAACUAGCGAAAUCAAUCAUUCGAAAUCUGAUAAUUCUAGCAUUUCAACAACGCAUAUAAUUGCACAAGAAGAUGAGAGUUCCACCGAGGAUAACGAAGCCUCAUCUAAGUUUUCUUUCUACGUUUACAGCAUAAGUAAGGGGAAAAUUUACUGUCAUUUUGGAUGCAGUCGUCCACCAAUUGAUGUUAGCACAAAAUUCCCCCGUUUUCCGGGUACUACAGAUGAAGACUGGAAAGCAUUGAUCCGUAGUGAGAUAUCAUUCCGUCUUGUCAGUAAAUCUGAACUACCUGGUGUCGAUCUAAUUGCUGAUACUUUUAACUGUUUAGUAGCUGUUGGUUAUCGUUCAGGUGAAGUUGACAUUUAUGGUUUCUUACGUUCAAACUCAUCAAAUUGUGAGGAGGAGGUGGUGGAGAAGGAGUCUAGACGACUUGUCUUUAUUUGUCGUACUGUGAAUCAUUCCAAGUGUGUUAACUGUUUAACUUGGUCACGAGAUCAUUACUGGUUGGCUGUAGGUUCCAAUGAAACAUUUAUCACUGUCACAGAUGUCAAAAUUCAAUUGAUCAACUACCUUCAUCAAGGCGAAUCCUCUAAGCCUAUUCAACUGUCUACUAGUUUAGCUCGUUUAGAAGGACAUUACAACAGAAUCACAUGUCUAGAUUGGUCUCCACACGAUCCAUUUCUCUUAUUAUCUGCUUCCUUUGACGGUACAGCUAAUGUUUGGAGAAUUCAUCCUGAAAAUAUUGAAAAAGAUAAUUUUUCAAUCUCUAAUUUUCGUGCACUUCGUUCACGUCAUUUUGCUUGUCUAUGGAGUCGUCAAGAGCCUGAUCUUGCAUUCAGUGGUGGUGAAUUAUGUCAUUUAUUCGGUUGGCAACCCUCUGAACAACUCUUCAGUCAACCUCCGCACACUCGCCGAUAUCGUCCAUCCACUGUUAAAAAGCUUGUAAAUGAUCGAGAAGCACCGUCCAACGGAGAUAUUUUGUGUUGUGAUCCUGUUCCAACAGAAACAGAAUCCCUUCCUGAUUCCAAAGCACUAAAUGACAAAGAGUUAAAACAAAAGCAAGUGAUAAUAAAAUCGAAUGACAUCCUACCUAAUGGUACUUCUCACCAAGAAAUGUCUAUUCCCCUACAGUGUAAUUCGUCUCGGAAAGUAAAUUCUACUGGCAUUCAUGAUAAAAGGAAAAGACCUGCUCUUUUUCCUAAUUUAUUCAGUUCUAUGAAUACUAAUAAUUGUGAAUUAGAUUUAGAUAACUCUCCACCCAUUCAACUAGGAUCUUUUCUUUCACAAAUUUUAAAUGCUUCAAAUUUCAUAACUGAACAAAUGAAUGACAAACAAGUGGAAAUUGAUUUGUUACUUCUACUCCCACAAGCUCGUAUGACUCGUACAUGCCUUUUAAAAUAUCUGAAUAUGGAGGCGUCUGCUCACUUGGAGUCAUUUCAUUCUCAACAAAGACCUAACAGUCUUGUGCAUUUGGAUGCGUAUUGUAUUAUUUUAUUAUGGAUAGGUCAUGUGGUCACGGUGGCAUCUAUCAUGUCUUCAGAAGGUCAUAUGCCUUUUUGGUUACUGUAUGCAGUUCAGCUAUCGUUUUCUUCAGAUGGAUCUUCUGGAAGUGGGGAAUGGGAUUUACUAGGUGAAAAGAUAAAAGAUAUGCAAACGACUAGUCCUGAUACUCUGGUCUCUGCUACCCUACUGGUGUGUGCGCAUCGUAUUCACGAAGCAAUUGAAUUACUGUUAAGUUAUGACAAAGUUAAAGAAGCUUUAAUUCUGGCUCAUUUACGUUUAGAAUCAUCAUCGGAAGUUGUAAUAUACACAGAAAAGUGUAUAAAACGGUUAAUUGAUCGUCGUUCAAAUUCAGUUGAAAAGUCAUUCUUUUCAAUUAUAUUGAAUAUUGGAAAUAAACAAUGGAUAAGUGCUACGAAUAUGCUACAUCGUGAAGCUGGAAUUUCUAAAAUACGACCUGGUAAAGAGAUUGAACAACUUGCCUGGUGUUGGAUUGGUGUUAAUCUUCUUCUAAAUGCAUCAUCAUCAUCAUCUUCAAAUGAUAAUGAUUAUUUGUCAAAUGAAUGUCUGCGUUUAUCAUCAAUGUGUUUAACAGUUAGUUUUCGGCUAUUUCCAAAAGAGCCGCUGUUUCUUAAUCGUUGGUAUGAAGCUUUUUCACGCCUUCUCUCGUCAUCAUCAUCAGAAACUACACCCUGUCCGGGUGUGAUAUGCAGUUUAAUGUUAUUAAAUAUCGGUCAGAUUAUAUAUUUCUAUAUGGCUAGUUAUAAAGAAGAGAAAGAGAAGGAAGAGGAGGAGGAGGCGGCGGCGCUGGUGGUGAAUGGUGAAGAAAAAGAGGAGGAGGUGGUCGUCUAUGAAUGUCUUAAAAAUGAUUGGAUGAAAAGCAUAACUAGUGAUUGUUUAACAUACUUCAGCCAAUUGAUUGCAGACCGUCAACCCUCUUCACUGUGGGAAGUUUGUUUAACUCAUUUCUGUAUAGAUUUUCUAUUAUUCUAUUUAAUACACAAUCAUUGUACGCUGAAUAAACUAGUGCAGGUGGAUACUCUAACCGCGUAUAUUGAUCGAUACGAGGCUAGUCGAAAGUCUUGUGAGUAUAUAAAACCGAAAGUGACAAGUUAUUUAAUUAGACAUUUAUUUUCAACUUAUAGAAAGAUUUUGAUAACUAAUGGUUUGAAUACAGACUGAGAUAUGUUGUAAUGUGGUACCUUCAAUGGAUCCAUAGAAAAAUAAGUUGAUUUUGUGUAUAUAUACGUGUAGAUAUAUGCUAUUCGCCUUCUUUCCUCUUCAGAGUAUUUUGUCUAUUCACAACUUUGCCUAUCUUCAAGUACGCAUUUCAACGAUUUUUGUAAAAUUUAUUCUAUUUUUGUACAAUAGUAACGAAAAACAAAAAAAUAAAAUUCUUUCCUGAA